AUGCGAUUCUUCGUGAAAUUAGCGACUUCAACUGUUGGAGUCUUGUGUACUACAGCAUCGGCUUAUUAUCUUGUCGAUGGAAAAAACCGCUAUGGUGUUCUUUUCGCAGCGACAAUUGCUCAAUCGCCGAACGAUAAUAGUAGUCAGCUCGUUAAGCCCGAUCCGCGAACACUUUCAAAACCAAUCCAAUCAAGUGAACGAUGGAAUUGGAACUGGGAUGGUCGGCAUUCGGAAACAAGUAAAAGUCGAGUAGUUCGACAUAUUUAUCUCGUUCGACAUGGGCAGUAUCAGACACGAACGAAAAUUGACGAUGAGAAACAAUUGACUGAACUGGGUAAUGAGCAAGCUGAUUGGGCAGGUCGAGCAUUGGCUGAAUCCAAAAUUUCAUUUACUCGUUUUAUUCAAUCAGGACUCAUUCGCGCAAUUCAAACAGCAACGAUUAUCAAUAAACAUUUGCGAUUCAAUCGAAUUGAACAAGAUAUCGAUCUAAACGAAGGAUUUCCAAUCCUACCGGAGCCAGGUGAACGAUACGCUGAUGAUGUUGCUAAAGGUCGUCUAGAACUAGAAACGGCUCGAUUGGAACGAGCUUUUCAUCGGUAUAUUCAUCGCCCACUUUCAAAUCAAACAGAAGAUUCUCAUGAAUUAAUCGUGUGUCAUGCAAAUGUGAUUCGUUAUUUCGUUUGUCGAGCUUUACAAAUUCCAGCUGAUGCAUGGCUUCGUUUCAAUCUCUUUCAUUGUUCCAUAACUCAUCUUGUAUUAACAAGUGACGGCCGUGUCAUCUGCUAUGGCAUCGGUGAUGUCGGACACGUUCCCCAAGAUCGGCGCUCUAUAAGACGACCCCGUAGACAUCAAGAACAACAACAAUUAAAACCAAUCACUGCAUAA